CAUCGAGAUCUAUUUUCAAGAAUUUCUGAUAUUUAUCUGGUAAAUAUCAGAAACGGAAAUACUGUUCAAAUGUUAAUGUUAAUUAAGAAAACUUUUCGAAGUCGUAUUCGAAAUUUGCCGGCGAGUAAGUAAACAAAUGCAUGACUGCCAGUAGCCCCCGAAAGACUCUUAACUCCUUUUUAUAAUGGUCUGGCGUCGUUGGAGACUCGAAGCUUACAAUGUUAAUUUCGUACUCAACCAAGGUCCAGGCCGAUUGUCUUUCUUGUCGAAGAAGUCUUGUGUAAAUAAAGGACACCAACCUAAAGGUCUGCUUUCCACACCCACCGUACCGCCACCAUACCUUCUACUUGAUUUCGAACAGAUUUAUUAUAGCCAUGAGGGCUAAUGCGAAUGUCGCCAUCUUUCCAUUGCUCCACUUUGAAGCAGGCCAUGCGCGUAGCUGCUGAACAUGGUGGCAGUCGCCGAGGAGCGUAUACUGUGGAAGUCAUCAUGGCUAUAACAAAUCUCUUCUAAAUGGAGUAGGGACGUAUGGUGAGGUUGCAGUGGUUUGUAUUCUCCUUAGACAGAGGCCACAGCCUGAUAGUCCACCAACUUCUGCGGAAACACCCUGCAAAUCCUUGUACAAGGGAACGGGAAACCUCUAAUUCACAUUGACCACUGAAAACGAGCCUACUAACACCUAGCCGAAAAGAUUGUUGUCGUUUCAUAUUAGUCGGUUUGACUCAGUUGUAAAGUUUGAACCACUGGAUUACAUGUAUAUUAGAAGAGGGUUUGCCAAAGCCAGUUGAAUAUCAUUUUGUAGCGUGAGCUGGGAAUUCUGAGGACGGGCUCUGUGUGGAGGUCUGAGACUGCUGAUAAUGAAACAGUAUCUUUUUUUGUUUGUUACAGAUGAUAGAAUGUAGACCAUGCAUAUAUAAUGUGUUGAAAGCCUUCAUAUGGGCCCUCAUCAGAGAACCAAGUUUUCAUCAGCACACACCUCUCUUUUUAAAUGAUCCAAAGUAGCUCACAGGAUGGAGUCUACAGAAAGCAUUAUUCCAUUUGACAUCAGCCGUGUGAAGAAAGAACCUUUGGAAAUCUGGUAUGAGUCCGACGCAGUCAUGGAGACAUCACAUGAUCUUGGUCAGGAAAAUCAACUCCGUCGUGGAGUUCAAGGGUCAGAGUUAAGUGCACAGAUGAAAGUAGAGCCAUCGCUGUAUUAUAACUCCACGUAUCAUCCCAUUAGCCUGACCAUGAGUUCUAUCAGUUUAGCAGAAAACAGGCCUGGAAAACUGACGGGGAAUGUUGAGUCCGCGAACUUGACUGAAUCAACAACAACACCACAGCCAGUGCCAGUGGCUCUCUUUGAUGAACAAGGUUUCAUCGGCACAUACUCUAACAGGAUGGUCUUGCCUCCUGAAAAGGUUGUCGAAUCUCCUUCGUCAGUAUGGCAGGAACACACAGUGGCUGGGGACACAACAGCCCCACCAUUAGUGUACUUUGACAAUGCUCUUGAUGGUUCCAUGAAAGAGGAUUGUGAAACUUCUCAGAGUAACACUACACAAACACGAGUUAAUGAGUCCAGCAGUGAUCAUGCAAGUGACCAUGAUACGGUGGACAGAUUCUCUCCUCCAUCCCCUGAGUGGGAUGAGAAGGAGUCUUCAGAACAGUUUUCUCCUACAGAAGGAUCUCGAAGAGGUAGACAACGGCGACGACAAAAACCGGCAAUUAAGACUCAAACCUCCAAGGAGUACGUUUGUUAUUGUGGACAGACGUUCACCUAUCCUUCCAGGCUGAAGUCCCACAUGUUUAAAGUUCAUGGUCAGGGAAGCCAUGCUGAUGUCAGAGUAGAUGAUAAAAGACAUGGCUGUACACAGUGUGGAGAAAUGUUUCGGGUGCCAUCAAGGUUGGAGUACCACAUGUUCAAAGUACAUGGGGUAGGAGAUCCAGAGAAAUUCAACAUCAGCAGGAAGCCCCACACUUGCUCUUGUGGGCAGUCAUUUAGCUGUCCUUCUCGCCUGAAGUCUCACAUGUAUAAAACACACGGGGAAGGAAGCCCCUUAGAUGUUAAAGUUGACCAUAAGAAACAUAUGUGUAAAGAGUGUGGAGAAAUGUUCCGUGUACCUUCCAGAUUGCGGUAUCACAUGUUCAAGGUUCACGGGGAAGGAAACCCCCAGGAAUUCUGCAUCAGGGCUAAGCCUCAUUUCUGCACUGAGUGUGAAAAAUCUUUUCACAGCAGAGCCCGGCUUCUCCACCAUUUAUUCCGUGCUCACCAGAUUGGUGAUGAAUCAAAUGUGUAUCAUAGGCAGAAGAAACACGUCUGUGAUCAGUGCAGCAGACUCUUCCUCAGCCCCUCAAGACUCAAGUUCCACCUGUUUAAAGUUCAUGGCAUGGCUGACCCAGUAGACCUUCCUCAUUUCCCCAAGAGGUAUAUUUGUAUGACCUGUGGCAAAACAUUUUCAAGCAAACAACGUCACAGACACCACCUCUUUAAAGAGCAUGGGAAGGUGAUGCUUCCUACUUAUUCCAGCAAGCCAAGAACCAUGUGUGUGACUCGUGUGGAAAUUCUUUUCAUAAUCCUUCUCGACUUCGACUCCAUCAGUACAAGGCACAUGGAAUAGGUAAUCCUGCUGAACUACCACAACCGCCAAAGCGGCACAUGUGCGCCACAUGCGGGAAAAGUGUCUCCAGUGCCGCCCGGCUUAAAUACCACGCCUUCUAUGUCCACCGGGAAGGGGAACCCCCCAAGAUUCACUCUCCAGAUAAAAAGUACAUGUGUCAGAUGUGUGGUAUCGCCUUCAUCAAGCCUUCGCGGCUUAAAGUCCACCUGUACAAGUCCCAUGGUGAGGGAGAGCUUCCAUCUCCGCCAAAGUCGCCCAAUCCUUGCCCCAUAUGCGGGAAGAAACUGUCCUCUCAGUACAUGUUGAAUCGUCACGUGGCCCUCCAUGUGAAAACAGGAAGUGAUGACAUCAGUGGUGAGGGUGAAUCAGAUCUUCACAAACAGUACGAUAAACAGUAUCCCUGCCUAACCUGUGGAAAAGUUUUUUGGAAGGCUUAUCAACUCAAUGCCCAUUGUAUUCAGCACCGUACGGAAAAGCCGUUUGAGUGCGAUGAGUGUGGGAAGGCAUUCAAACAGCGCUCACACUACAAUGUUCAUCUCCGAAGACACUCUGGUGAAAGACCGUUUUUGUGCGUCAAGUGUGGAAAGGAUUUCAUGACUUCACAGUCUCUAAAGCUUCACUCAGCGUCUCACACUGAUGAACGUCCCUGGCUGUGCUGUUUCUGUGGAAAAGGGUUCAAAACCCGCAUGACGCUGUACAGACACUCAAAGAUCCAUGACAGUAACAGACCAUUCAGAUGUUUAGUAUGCGACCAAUGUUUUAGCAGCAGUGGUGGGUUAAAACGGCAUAUGAGAGUGCACAGUCCUGCAAGGGCAAGCACAGGAGCAUUUACUGUCAUCAAACCAUUGAAUGGAAAAGAGGUGUCUGAUGAAUGUGAUGACGGUGAUGGUGAUACCUGUGGUAAUAUGAAAGAAGCUGUUAACAGGAACAUAAAAGAUGAUGAGUCAGAUGUUCAUGAUCAGAAUGUAAGUGUGAAUGACAGUCGAGUUAACGUGAUGGACACUAUGUCAUAUUCUGAUAAAGAUGAUGACGUCAAAGAUAAUGUUGAAGAAACUGAUAAUGAGAACAAUAUGACUGACACAUCAGAUUUUGACGAAGAUCAAAAUGAUCCGGAAGCUGAUGAGAGGAGUGUCCUGGAUGAAACGCGAGAUGUUCAUGAUGAUGAGGAUGUCAGUGACAUUUCCAAGGAAGCUGAUCGCAUCGAUGCUCCAGAUGAUGUAUCCGAUGAAAACGGAAACGACCACUAUGAUUGUGCUGAUCCUGACGCUUAUACAGAAGGCGAGGAACUUAGGAAGGAAAAGUCUAGCUUUAAAGCUAAUAAUGGUUUCGGUUUUUUUCAAGGAAAUAAGCUGUCGACAGAGUCUGGAUAAAGUUAAUUAUGUACUCGCGUCUCUCAAAAACGUCUUGAUUUGUGUACCUGGAGUGUCCCCUUUUAAGCAUGUUAAACCUGUACACUGAAAGUGUAGGAUAGGUCUUCUAUACAUGCGUCCGUAGAUGAUCAGUCAAGCUGCCCGAUUGAUUAAUACUAUAAUAGAACAUAUGUCGUGAUAAUUGUACAAAUGGUGAUAAUGUACAUUUGGACAACUGUGCUGUAUUAUACGUACUGUAGGUCGAGCGUCAUCAUCGUAAUUGCGGCAAAUCAUUCCUUGUGUGUAAUCUGUAUAUU